GGCGGAAUGCCGCCCAAGCCGGACUUCGAUACCUCACUUAUUGACGUCUGUUACAAGCUGGCGGCCCAGUGGGAGGAUAAGAGCUACACUCCUUCCCCCCAGGACGUUGAGACCUUCAGCGCCAAUCAGAAGCUCGUCUUCCUGCAGACAGUUCAAGCCUUCGCCGAGCCCCUGAGCGCAGAGCAGGUCGAGAAGAUGGGUCAGGUCUACAAGUUCAAUGAAUCUCAGAACAAGGAGGUCAAGACGGCCUACUUUGAGGUCUCGCUGAGGAGCAAGGUCACCAGCACAUACGAGCCUGUCGCGGAGCUCCUGGGCCAGGUGGGCAGGAUGAAGUUCGUGCGUCCGUUGUACGUCGGACUCAACAAGGUGGAUCGGCCGCUUGCCCUGGCCACGUUCGAGAAGAACAAGGACUUCUACCACCCCAUCUGCAAGGCGAUGGUUGUGAAGAUUCUUGGUCAGUGAGACACUCAUCAUGUACUAUGAUGACAAGCGGCAGAUAAAUGGCUCAGGUAAAUGCUAUAUAGGCACCUCACCAACAAUUAUCGAACCAGGUCAGACGCUGGACUACGCUCGUUCCAAUUGGC